AUGAGGACGUGGCAGCUUUUGGCCACUUGGGUGGCGCUCUUUCUGGAUAUAUGUCAAUCGAAAACCAUCGUUCAAGAACUAAACAUCUCUCGGACAGCUUCGGCGAGUGGAAAACAACUAAUCUCACUGAAUGGAGAAGUCAGCUCACUGGGGCCCACCAUCCGAGUCCAGGCGGGAGACACGCUUAAUCUUUUGGUAAACAAUGAUAUUUGCGAGAAGAAAGAUUUGCAGCUAUAUGGAGAUGACUACUGUAAUACAUCAAUCCAUUUUCACGGCUUGGUGCUCGAGAAUGUUGCUGGCGGCAUUCUGGGAGCCCUGAGCGACGGUGUUCCGGGCGUAACGCAGCGCAGCAUCCCGCCACAAAUGUCGUAUUGGUACAACUUCACUGUCCCGGCGUCUUUGGAGGGCGGCACGUAUUGGUUUCAUUCGCACUCCUCUGUUCAAUACGGGGAUGGCCUUCGGGGUAUUUUUUUAGUCGAUUCUCCUACAAGGGAUGAAUAUCUGGGACGUGUGGUAGCCAAGCUGGAUGCAGACGGUACCAGUGGAGGCUUACUUCACGACUUGCCUGCAGAACCGAGCUCGAAAUUGAUUCACGAGGAAAUCAUGGCUGUUUCUGACUGGUACAGUAGGUCUAGUGUGGACAUUUUAAAAGAUGUUAUGAGCCCUACGGGAGGACCUGACCCACGAGUGGAAGGCUCCACUGUUAACGGUGACCAGGGCUCCGUGAAUUUUGGCAUUGGCGAAGACACAGAAUACGUUGCACUUAGAGUCAUCAACGUCGGCAUGAGCGGCACCAAUGUCUUGCACGUCGAAGGUCAUCGUUUGUGCGUCGUGGAGACUGAUGGAGUCUUGACCAAACCGUACAUGAUCGAUACUUUGUCCAUUGCCGUGGGCCAAAGAUUUACACUGUUGAUAAAGGUUGACAGGGACACUGCUAGGGCUCGCAUGGUACAUGGCUGCGGGAAAAUGAUGGGCUACGUAUCAAAAACGCACUGGUUGACCCGGCCGGGAACAGAUGCGGGGGAACCGUUUGACGGGAGCUUUGGGGAUUUGCCAGGCUUGGACAAAAGCGAGAAGUACCGGGAUUUCGUUCCUCGAGAUGGCGAGCUGUUGCCGGCUCCCAGUCAACAGAUAUCUUUAGAUUACGCAUACCAGAGCGAGCUAAUGAAGGAGUACAAUACUGGGAUGUAUGCUGUCAAUGGAGACACGAUGCCGGAGUUUUUACCUGAUGGGCUGGGGGUCCUGCUUGAGGGCGCCCGAGGUGUCCGCGACCCAAUUCAGUUACACAGUGGGCAAGUGGUAGAGAUAGCCAUAAAUUCCAUUGACCAUAUGACGCACCCUUGGCAUAUGCACGGGCAUACCUUCCAAGUUAUAUCUGUGGGUCAUAGAAACGACGGUCCGUUGUAUUUUGACGAUCCUGGAAGCGCUGCCAUGCGUCGGUACCUAGAGGAUGUCUCGGCAUGGGAGGGAAAUGUCCCUAUGGCCCGUGACACCAUCAAUAUUCCCGGGAGCUCGUACGCUGUAAUCAGGUUUAACGCCAGCAAUCCCGGAUUUUGGCUCUUACACUGUCAUGUGGAAUGGCACAUGGCCAAAGGUUUGGGCGUGAUUCUGGCAGAGGGCGAUGCACAUGUCAACGCUGUCGCGAAUGCUUUCACGCGAACACAGGGUAUCGAUAAAGUAGAAGAUGCCAAGGCGUCGACUGAGGUUUCUUCCACUGAAGUGGCAGGGCAGCCGCCAGCCAAGGAUUCGAAGCUGAAGGUUUUGUUGGUUUACCUCUUCAUCAUGUGUGUGUUCAACGCUGGAGUUUGGUAUUGUUUCUUCGCCCGUAAUGCGAAGACGAAGCCGAUUUAUAGAUAG